CCGCGCGUGACGCCAGCGUCAGGCCAGCCCCGGCAUGCUCUGCGGCCGCCCGCGGUCCAGCGCCGACAACAGGAAUUUUCUCCGAGAGCGGGCCGGGCUCAGUUCAGCUGCUGUCCAGACCCGGAUCGGCAACAGUGCCGCCUCCAGACGUUCUCCUGCCGCUCGCCCGCCCGUCCCAGCGCCCCCAGCCCUCCCGCGAGGGCGCCCCGGGACGGAAGGAUCCACCAGUCUGUCGGCGCCCGCCGUUCUCGUGGUCGCCGUCGCCGUCGUCGUGGUGGUAGUCUCCGCCGUCGCCUGGGCCAUGGCCAAUUACAUCCACGUCCCUCCCGGCUCCCCGGAGGUGCCCAAGCUGAACGUCACCGUUCAGGAUCAGGAGGAGCAUCGCUGCCGGGAGGGGGCCCUGAGCCUCCUGCAACACCUGCGGCCUCACUGGGACCCCCAGGAGGUGACCCUGCAGCUCUUCACAGAUGGAAUCACAAAUAAACUUAUUGGCUGUUACGUGGGAAACACCAUGGAGGAUGUAGUCCUGGUGAGAAUUUAUGGCAAUAAGACUGAGUUAUUAGUCGAUCGAGAUGAGGAAGUAAAGAGUUUUCGAGUGUUGCAGGCUCAUGGGUGUGCACCACAACUCUACUGUACCUUCAAUAAUGGACUAUGCUAUGAAUUUAUACAAGGAGAAGCACUGGAUCCAAAGCAUGUCUGCAACCCAGCCAUUUUCAGUUUAUCAUCGUUGACUCUUUGCAAAGGAAAAACUACAAGAGGUUUUGGAUUAACCGGCUGCAGAGGGUCAAGGCUUCUGCUUAGUUUUUUCUAGUUAGUGUUUGAGUUGAAGUGUUAUACAUUUCUUACUGCCAAUUGCUUAUUACUUAAUUGUUCAUGUUUUCAGAGUUCUUGCCUAUUAAAAUUUUAUUAAUUUGGUUAACAAUUCUUUGUUCUUUACGUUGUUCAUUAUUUAAUUUAAAUAAUGUUUUCUAUAAAGAAUAAUGACAUAUAUGCUUGAUCAUUUUUCCAAAAUUGCCAGCUUUAAAAAUUCUCUUUCUGCUCUUGAAAACUCUAGAAAAUGGUCUGGAUUUGAAAACAGCAUUCAUAGGUUAGACCAGCAGUUCGCAACCAUUUUGGUCUCAAGACCUCUUUAUAGCUCUUUGGGCUCUUUGUUUUAAUAUUUGAUUAGUGUUUAUCAAUAUUUACCAUAUUAGAUAUUAAAACAAAUUUUUUAGAAUACAAGAAUAUCAAGUACAUGUCCUGUUAGCUAUCAUUGUGAUGAAAUUAUCACAUAUCAUAUAACCUCUUGAAAGGUACACUGUACACUUGUGAAAGAGUGAGAGUGAGAAAGGUAAAUAACGUCUUGUGAAAAUAGUUUCAACUUUACAAAGCUCCUGAAAGGAUUUCGGAUGGCCAGGGGCUCCCUGGAUCAUAGGUUAAGAAUUGCUAAGUUAAUACACUGACAAAAAUGGAAUGUACCAGUAACACUUAUCUAUUGUAAACCUGUAUCAAAUAAUAUAUUAAAAUAUUUUGUCAUAGAAAUCUGUUCAAACCCUAGUUUUUAGCCAUCACAUAUAUUUUCUUCUUUUACAUGAGUCUAGUCUUUAGAUGUAUUAAAAGAUUCCGAUUAAUACAUUUGUGUUUACUGUGUGUCAAUUGUUUUAUGGUCUUUAGGCUUGCAUGUAUUUAUAAAUCCUCAAUCUUGUUCACAAUGGUUGACAAAUACCUAUAUAACAGCAUUAAAAAUUAAUAGAUGCAUAAAUUGGAUCCCCCCAAAGCUGGUUUUGUAUAUAUACAAAAACAUAUUUCAUGAAGUUCCUAGAGAAGGGCCACAUGAGUUUCCUUGUAACUAAAGCAGAGAGUAAAACAUGAUUGAUCUAUUUCAGUAACCUCAAAUAGAAAAAGUAAAAUAAUUAUAGUUUUUGAUCAAGAACAGUGAAGGUUUGUCAAGACUGACUGGUAUUUGAUACAAUGUUAUAAACAUGUUUUCAGUAAAAAUAUCCUUUUCUAUACUUUUUGGUUAGAUCUACUUACUUAUUAUUUCUUCCCAAAAUGCCAAAGCCUUUGUUUAUUUUUUCUCUACUUAGAUCUUUUUAAAAAUAUAUUUUUUAUUGAUAUAUCAUAGUUGUACAUAUUUUUGUGGUACAUGUGAUAUUUUGAUACAUGUAUACACUGUAUAAUGAUCAAGUUAGAGUAGUUGGUGUGUCUAUCAUCUCAGACAUUUUUCUUUGUGUUGGGACAUUACAGUUCUUCUUUUCUAGCUAUUUUGAAAUAUACAAUAAAUUAUUGUUAACUAUAAUUUCCUUGCUGUAUUAUUGAAUGCUAGAACUUAUUCCUCUGAUUUAACUGUACGUUCAUACCCAUUAACCAACUUCUUUUCAUCACCCCCCUUCCUAGAUUUACUCAGAAUAUGUAUAAGUGAUACUAAUGUAGGCAUAUACACAUUUCAUAAAAAGAAUAUACUGUGUUAGAAACCAAACAUCAAUACUCUGAAUUCUUUGACAGCUGGCUUGUAAUAAGUGAUACAUUGAAUUGCCCCACAGUUUUGCAGAGGAGAAGCAGAGUGGAGGCUGAGAAAGUAAGCAAAAGAAGAUGACACUGAAGAACCCUGUAUGAUAGGAUAUUGUUAGUUGGCAUUAUGAAUAGUAACAUUUGCUAUUUAAUUUGUUUCGCUGUUAAAUUUAUUUCAGAUUGUAUUCUAAUUCCUAUGGCAUUUCUUAUUGUUAAGCAGGUCUUAGUCACUAUAAAACAAAAUAUGAAAAGAAAAGCUAAGGGAGGGAAAGGCAAGUUUUGAUUAACAAAACAUCUGAAUUACACAUGAUUUUAAAUAGGAGUGUGGUUUUAUUUUUUUCAAAUAUGUACAGUGAAAUACUUCUAAAAUACCAAGUAAGCAGAUCAGUAGACCAUGGUCUGGAGCCCCAAGAAGAGGUUAAAGAUGUAAAUUUGGGAUGAUGUGCUUAUUUAGCCCCUUUUAAAUGAAUUUUAUAUUCUGUGGUUAAAAAGAAUCUUUGAUUUGUUAAUUUAAUAGGGACUUACUGACAAUUUGGGGUUAGUUGUCACAUUUUGAUUAAUCCUUAUGAGCUUUAAUGUUUGAAUAUAAUAAUAAACUUUUAAGACACUAUUGAUUGUUAGGUCAGCCUAAUAAUAUGCAUGCAGUGAUCUGGACUGAUUGAUCAGUAAAUGUUGAUGAGCGCUUUAGAUCAGAGUCCACAGUACUUUCUUGAAUUGGCUCAUUCAACCAUAGCUGUAUGCUUAUAUUAUGAUUAUGACGAAGGUAUCUCAUUUGAAUGUAAAAGGCUUAUGUUUAUGUUUGGACUAGUCUGGGGGAGGAAGAAGAAUCUAAACUGUCCUUGCUGUCUUAGUAAUUUACAGUUUGUGACACAGUAACCUUGGGGGAAAAAUAACCUAAAUAUUGUACAAAGAAGAACAGAAAAGGCUUUCAGAGAAAGUACAGGUAGUUGAUUUUGGGCAUACAUAGGAAAUUAGUAUGUUUCACUGUGAUCACAUUUGAACUGAACUUUGAAGGACAAGGUAGCCUGUAGGAGGUGAGGAAUGGUAUAGGUAAAGACAAUGAGCUAUAGUGCCUGACGGAUAAUUCCACUUCUGGAAAUUUAUCAUUCUCUGUUUUAUUUGAGCUUUUUUGUAGCAAUCAGUUAUUACGGACACCUUCAGAAAAUUUUUUAAAAUUCAAAAGUGUUUAGAAAUUUUUUCAAAUUUCUUAUCAGAUAUUUCUUAGAAAUUUGCCUCUUGUCAAGAACCUGGCUGAAGUUUAAUGACAAACCAUCCAGUAACAGACAUAAUGGAAGAAAUGCAGUUUCAAAUCAAUUGUUGCAAGUUUAUCAAAGAGCAUACUGAGGGUACCGUAGUGGAACUGGCACCUUGUGGGUUGUGUGCAUGUACAAUUGGUAGUGUUUUCUUUUGGAAAUCAAAAGGACAAUAUAUAAUAACUCAAAAGAAAGUUAUAUGCUGUAUUUCUGGCAGCAACAAUUAAAAGUCUCUUAUAUUCAGAUAUAACUAAGGUACCUCAACACAAAGGAGAAUUAUGCUACUGUUGAAAUGUAACUUCUUGACUGUUGUCUAAUACAUGCAAAAUGGCUGAUGCAGGGCAACAGGAAAAAAUCAGCUUAAGAAAUAGCUUAACUGUGGCUACAAUUAGGCAGUAAUUUGCUCAUGCAAAAACUCAAAGGGGAUAUAUAAAAAUGAAAUACUAUGGGAUGGUAAGAUUAAAGAUUAUUUUUCGUUUCAAAAUAUUUUUGUUAUUGUUAGAAUACAUUUAAUUUUUUAAAAGCUUUCAAGAGAAGUAACAAUUAGUGUUAGUGAAUAUUUGAGGAAUUCUCUGAAGCCUUGAGGGUUUGAAACAUUUGGCUUUAACGAGUAUGGAAUUUUAAAGCAGCGUUUGACUUGAUGUUACUGUAGUAAAACCUCGCUUACUGAGACAAGGUAGGAGAAGGACCAAUAUAUGAUAGUGAAAAUCAGAUAUCUUUUAAAUGAUUUUUAAUUACCUUCUUAUAUAUACAAAACAUAAAUUAAUGGUUAUUAAAUAAUGCUAAGUUAUCUGAAUGAAGAGAUUUUCCUUUUAAAGAUUUUAGUUUUUUAGUGCAUUUUUGAUUCACAGCAAAACUGAGGGGAAGGUACAGAGAUUUCCCAGAUCCCCUCCUUCCUCCACAGACAACCUCCCCCAUUAUCAAUAUCAGAGUGGUACUUUUGUUAUAAUACAUAAACCUAUAUUGAUGCACCAUUAUCACCCAAAGUCCACAGUUUACAUUAGCGUACACUCUUGGUGAUGUACAUUCUGUGGGUUUGGGCAAAUAUAUAAUGCAUGUAUCCACUGUUAGUAGUAUCAUACAGAGGAGUUUCACUGCUCUAAAAAAAUCCUCUGUGCUCUGCCUAUUCAUCCCUCUUUUCCCCUUAACCAGUGGCAACCACUGAUCUUUUUACUGCUUCCACAGUUUUGCUUUUUUCAGAAUGUCAUAUAUUUGGAGUCAUUUAAUUAAGUAGCCUCAUUAGAUUGGCUUCUUUGACUUAGUAAUAUGCAUUUUCUUCCAUGUCUUUUUAUGGCUUAUUGGCAGAUUUCUUUUUAGGAUGCUGAAUAAUGUUUCAUUGGAUAUGCACCAAAUCUAUUUUGUUCAUUCAACUACUGAAGGACAUUUUGGUUGCUUCCAAGUUUUAGCAAUUAUGAAUUAAGCUGCUAUAAGAAUCCCUGUGCAAAUUUUAAUGUAGACAUACAAAUUUUUAACUCCUUUGGGUAAAUGCUGACGAGCAUGAUUGCUGGAUUGUAUGGUAAGAUUAUAUUUAGUUUUGUAAUAAACCGCCGAACUGUUUCCCAGAAUGGCUGUGCUAUUUUACAUUUCCACUAGCAAUGAAUGAGAGUUGCUGUUGCUCCACAUCCUCACCAGCAUUUGGUGUUAUAAGUGUUUUGGAUUUUGGCCAUUCUAAUAGAUAUAUAGUGGUAUCUUACUGUUUUUGUUUGCAUUUCCCUGAUAUGUGAUAUGGAAUAUCUUUUCAUAUGCUUAUUUACUCAUCUGUGUAUCUUUGAUGAAAUGUCUGAUAAGGUAUUUGGUCCAUUUUUAAAUUGGGUUUUUUGUGUUCUUAUUGCUGAAUUUUAAGAGCUAUUUGUGUAUUUUGGAUAAUAAUCCAUUAUUGGAUAUGGGUUUUGCAAAUAUUUUCUUCCAAUCUGUGCUUUAUCUUUUUAUUCUCUUGACAGUGUCUUUUGCAGAGUAGAAAGUUUUAAUUUUAAUGAAGUCCAGCUUAUCUGUUCUUCCUUUCAUGGAUCAUGCCUUUGGUGUCAUUUUUAAAAAGUCAUUGCCAAAUCCAGGGUCAUCUACAUUUUCUCCUAUGUUAUCUUCUCAUGGAGUUUUAGUUUUGGAUUUUACAUUUAGGUCUGUAAUCCAUUUUGACAGAAUUUUAAUGAAGAGUGUAAGGUCUACGUCUAGAUUCAUGUUUUUGCACGUGAAGGUCCAGUUGUUCAGCACAAUUUAUUGAAAAGUCUAUCUUUUCUCCAUUAUAUUUCCUAUGCUCCUUUUCAAAAAUCAGUUGACUGUAUUUAUAUGGGUCUAUUUCUGGGUUCUCUAUUCUGUUUCUUCAUCUGUUUGUCUAAUCUUUUGCAGAUAUCACACUACCUUAAUUGCUAUAGCUUUAUGGUAAGUCUUGAAAUCAGGUAGUGUUAGUCCUCCAACUUGUUCUUGUCUUUCAAUAUUGUGUUGGCUAUUCUGGGCCUUUUGCUUCUCCUUAUAAACUUUAGUUUUUACAUUUUAAAAUGGACUUUUUAAGAAUUUAUUUUUAAUUGACAAAUAAUAAUUGUGUAUAUUUGGGAUACAGUAUACAUGUAAACUUUAGAAUCAGUUUUUCAAUAUCACAAAAUAACUUGCUGGGAUUUUGAUAGGAAUUGCACUGAAUCUGUAUAUCAAAUUGGGAAGAACUGACAUCUUGGCAGUAUUGAGUCUUUUUAUCCAUGAACAUGGAAUAUCUCUUAUUUAGUUAUUUGGUUUCUUUUAUCAGAGUUUUAUAGUCUUCCUCAUAUAAAUCUUGUACAUAGUUUGUUAGAUUUAUACCUAAGUAUUGUAUUUUUGGGGGUGCUACUGUAAAAGGAGUGCAUUUUAUUUUCAAUUUUCACUUAUUCAUUACUGGUGUGUAGGAAAGCAAUUGACUUUCAUAUUUUUUUAAUCCUGCAAGCUUGCUAUAAUUGCUCAUUCCGCGAGGUGUUUUUGGUCCAUUCUUUUGGAUUUUCUCCAUAGAAAAUCAUGUUAUCUGUGAACAAAGACAGUUUUUUUUUUUUCUUACCUCUUAUUUUUUUUCUUGUCUUAAUGUGUUAGCUAGGACUUUCAGUACAGUGUUAAAAAGGAUUGGUGAAAAGUGAUGUUCUUUCUUUAUUCCUGAUCUUAGUGGGAGAUCUUCAAAUUACGUGUCAUUAAGUAGGAUGUUAGCUGUAGUUUUUUUUGUAGAUAUUCUUUAUCAGAUUGAAGAUACUCUCUCUUUAUUCCUAGUUUGCUGAGUUUUUAUGAUAAUGAGUGCUAGAUUUUGCAAAAUGCUUUUUCUGCACAUGUCGAUAGGUUCAUGUGAUUUUUCUUUUUUAGUCUGUUAAUGUAUUGGAUUACAUUAAUGAAUUUUCAAAUAUUGAACCAGCCUUGUAUACCUGAGAUAAUCCCACUUGGUCACAGUGUAUAAUUUCUUUUUAUAUAUUGUUGGAUUUGAUUUGCUUAUGUUUUGUGUCAGCAAAUAUAUUAUAUAAAAAAAUAAACAUUUAAAAAUAAUCUUUUAAAUAAAUAGGAAAUAUAAAAAUGUAGCAUUUUCUGUUGUAUAUAAUAUUUGCUAGCAGAAAACAAUUGAGGUAUACUUGAUUAAAGUGUUUUUAAGAACUCUUCUUUUUCAAUGAGCAUUUUAUUUAGUUAAUAAAAAUUUGAUUUGUUUAUAGUUGUUCUGAAAAAAUUUGAUUAUGGUAAAUGCUACAUAAAAUUUACCAUUGAAGCAGCAUUUUUAUCUGGGGUAAUACCUGAGGUUGGUUGUUCCACAACUACAGAAAACUAGGAUGCAGACAACCAGAGUGAGGUUAAGAGUGGAAGUUUAAUAGGCAAAAGAAAAAGAAGAGCUCUCUGUGCAGAGAGGGGUCCCAGAGAAAAUGGGUUGCCAGUUCUGUGGUGUAAUGUACAGGGUUUUAUAGAUUAACUUGAGGAGGCAGUGUUUGAUUUGCAGAGGGCACGGAAGAUUGGUCGGACCAGGCAUGCCUUUUGCAUAAAGCAUGUAGAAGCUGGUGGCCCCACUCUAAUCUUUUAUUAUGCAGAUGGUUCUCUACUUGGCCAGUGCCAUGUUGCCUGCCUCUUUUACUAGACACAUGGUGACAAAGAAAAGGGAAGAUGAAGGCUCCGUUGUGAACAUACCUGACUUCCAGGUAGCCCUUUUCUACUGGCACAGUUGCUGGCAUUCACUCAUGCAAGCUUCUAGCUUGCUUAUCUAUGUCUGCAGCUUGAAUUUUCAGGCUGCUCUUUGUUAGAAGUGAUUUGGGGGCUGCUUUCUAUCAAAAGGGAGUCCUUACCGAGAACUCCUUUACCCUCACUAUCUGCCUAAAUCAUUUCUUUCUGGCUCCAGUUGUCACCAUCUUAACCAUUUUUUAAAAAGUACAGCUCAAUAGUGUUAUUGCAUUCACAUGGUUGUGCAACUAAUUUCCUAAAAUAUUUUUUUUUUAUCUUGUAAAACUAGAAUUCUAUCCUUUUUUUUUUUUGAGACAGAGUCUCGCCAUGUCGCCCAGCCUGGUGUGCAGUGGUGCAAUCUUCACUCACUGCAAUCUCUGCCUCCCAGGUUCAAGUGAUUCUCCUGCAUCAGCCUCUCGAGUAGCUGGGACUAGGUGCCCACCACCUCGCCCUGCCGAUUUUUGUAUUUUUUAGUAGAGAUGGGUUUCACCAUGUUGGCCAGGCUGGUCUCGAACUCCAGACCUCAGGUGAUCUGCCCACCUCGGCCUCCCAAAAUGCUGGGAUUACAGGCAUGAACCACCACGCCUGGCCAAUUCUAUGCUUUUUAAACAACAAAUCUUCCUUCCUUCCUCCAGCCCCUGGCAACCGUCAUCUGCUUUCUAUCCCUAGGAAUUUGACUACUUAGGUACAUCAUGUUAGUGGAAUCAUGUAAUGUUUGUCUUUUUGUGACUGGCUUAUUUCACUUAGCAUGAACACUUCAAGGUUCAUUUAUGUUGUAUAGCAUGUGUCAGAAUUUUCUUUUUCUUUCAAGGCUUAAUAAUAUUCCUUUGUAUUUAUAUACUACAUUUUGUUUAUUCAUCCAUGGAUGUAUACUUGGGCAAUAGUCACUUUUGGCUAUUGUGAAUAAUGUUGCUGUGAACAUGGAUAUGUAAAUAUGUUUUUGAUAACCUGCUUUCAGUUCUUUUGGAUGAAUGCCCAGAAGUGGAAUUGCUAGAUCAUAAUGGUAAUUCUGGUUUUAAUUAUUUGAGGAACCACCAUACUGUUUUCUGUAAUAGCUGCACCAUUUUAUAUUCCCAUCAACAGUGCACAAGGGCACCAAUUUCUUUACAUUCUUACCAAUAGUUAUUUUAUUUUUGUAGUAACCAUUCUAAUGGAUAUGAGGUGGUAUCACAUUGUGCUUUUGAUUUGCGUUUGCCUAAUGAGUAGUAAUGUUGAACAUAUGCUUAUUGACCAUUUGUUUACUUUUUCUAGAGAAACACCUAUUCAAGUCCUUUGCCUAUUUUCUCAUGGGGUUGUAAUUUUUUGUUGUUGAGUUGUGGGAGUUUGUUAUAUGUUCUGAAUAUUAACUCCUUGUUAAAUAUAUGAUUUCCAAAUAUUUUAUCUCAUUCUGCAGGUUUCUUUUUCAGUCUGUUGAUUGUGUCCUUUGGUGCAUAGUUUUUAAUUUUGAUGCGGUAGAGUUAAUUUUUACUUUUGUUGCCUGUGCUUUUGGUGUCAUAUCCAAGAAAUCAUUGCCAAGUAUCCAGUGUGAUGAAGGUUUCCCCUUAUGUUUUCUCAUGAGAGUUUUAAUAGUUUUAGUUCUUACAUUUAGAUCUUUCGUCCAUCUUGAGUUAGUUUUCAUAUAUGGUGUAAGGAAAGGGUCCAGCUUCAUUCUUUUGGAUGUGGAUAUCUAGCUUUCCCAGUACAUUUUGUUGUCCUUUCCUCAUUGUUCUUCUCUUCCCAUUGUUGUCCUUUCCUCAUUUAAGGUUCUUGGCACCCUUGUUGAAUACUGUUUGUAUAAUUGUGGGUUUGUUUUUGGGUUCUCUGCUCUAUUCCAUUUAUCUAUAUGUUUUUCUUUGUGACAGCACCAUGAUGUUUUGAUUACAGUAGCUUUGUGUAAUAAGUUUUGAAAUCAGGAAGUGAAAGACUUCCAACUUUACUCUUCUUUUUCAAUGUUAUUUUAGCUACUCGGGUCCCUUGAGAGUCCAUGAAUUUUAGGAUAGCUUUUUCUUUUUCUGCAAAAAUUGCCUUUGGGAUUUUGGUAGGGAUUGCACUGAAUCUGUGGAUCACUUUUGGUGGUAUUGACAUAUUAACAAUAUUGUUUUCCAAUCCAUGAACAUGGGGUGUCUUUCUGUUUAUUUGUGUAUUUAAUUUUUUUCAGCAGUGUUUUAUUAUUUUCAGUUUACAAGUCUUUCACCUCCUCAAUUACGGUUAUUCCUGAGUAUUUAUUUCUUUUCGAUGCUAUCGUAAAUGGAAUUGUUUUCUUAAUUUCCUUUCUAGAUUGUUCAUUGUUAGUGUAAAAGUGCAACUGAUUUUUGCGUGUUGAUUUUCUGUUCUGCAACUUUGCUGAAUUCGAUUUUUAGUAAAAACUGUAAAUUUUCUUAAAAUCAUUCUUUACAAAUUUCAUGCUUUGUUCAGUCCUUAUUUAUAAAAAAUUUUAGAUGAGUAUGGAACUUGUGAUUAGGCCAUAGUUAAUUUUUUAAAUCUCUUCACAGAGCCUAGUUUUUAAGUAUAUAGGUGACUGCCAUGGUUACAAUUGAAGUGUACUUAUCUCCAUGAGAAGAUUUGUGUUGUAAAUCAACUUCCUUCCUUUCUGCUAUGAUCUGAAUAUUUGUGUUCCCUCAAAAACCUUUUGUUGAGACCUGAUUCCAAUGAAAUAGUAUUAAGAGAUGUGUCCCUUUGGCAAUAUUAGUCAUGGGGUGGAGCUCUCAUGAAUGGCAUUAAUGCCCUUAUAAAAGAGGCCCAAAGAAAUUUGCUUGCCCCUUCUACCAUGUGAAAAUGCAGCAAGAAGGUGCCAUCUGUAAGGAACAGAACUAUGAGAAAGAAAUUUAUGUCAUUUAUAAGCUACCUUGUUUAUGGCAUUUUUGUUAAAGCAGCCUGAAAGGACUAAGACACUUUACAUGUUAAUUUUGUUAUAUAAAAGAUAAAAAAGACCAGUAAUUCUGAGACCUGUAGAUACUGGCUUGAAUUCUGGAGUGUGAGAAGAAGAUGAUGUGGCUUUAUUAUCAAAGAAUAGGCAGUAUUUUAAAUGGAUGCUCAUUUGGUUUUUGUAUAAGAAAACAUUACUUUUGUUAUAAUUAUUAGUACAUGAGAUUAUUAAAAAUCCAAAAUAGAUUUUAAUCCACCUGACAAUAAACCUAAUAGUGGAAGACUUCUCUGGUCUUAUGGUGAAUUUCUAAAUGUAUUCCAGGUCUGUUGCUAAGAUAACUGACUCUAAUUUAGAAUAUACCUGUUAAGUACCUCCUCUAAGUUCUGACCACAAGAACAGAUCAAAGAAUAAGACAUAGUCUUUGUCCCUUGAAGGAUAUCUUAGUGGUUGUAUUUAUCAAUUGUAUUAAUAAAGCAAUCUUUAUUAUUAUUAUUGCUAUUCUAUUCUGAAUUGUAUAGGAAGAUGCUGACUAACAUUUUAAUUAACAACAAUAUAUCAUCUUAUGUGGCAGAUGUUUUAAAAUUAUAUAAAAGUAAUUCUCAUUUUAGCUGUAAUUUUAGAAAUUUGUUCAAAGGAAUAAUUGUAUUUGAUACAUUUUUAAUAAAAAUCACUAUACUUGGAAAAAUUUUACCUCUGUCACUCCAUGACUUGUGUGCAUUCAAUCUUUCUAUUGUAACUUGUAGGAAGUUUUUGUUUUUGAAACGUAGUUUCACUCUUGUUACCCAGGUUGGAGUACAAUUGGUGAGAUCUCAGCUCACUGAACCUCCCCUUUGGGUUCAAGUGAUUCUCCUGCCUCAGCCUCUCUAGUAGCUGGGAUUACAGGUGCCUGCCACCAAAUCCGGCUAAUUUUUUCUAUUUUUAGUAGAGACGGGGUUUCACCAUGUUGGCCAGGUUGGUCUCGAACUCCUUACCUCAGGUGAUUCACCCACCUUGGCCUCCCAAAGUGUUGGGAUUACAGGCGUGAGCCACCACACCCGGCCAACUUGUAGGAAGUUAGUGUGAAAUGGCAAGUUAGUCUGUAGGAUAUUUGGGUUUGUUUUUUUUUUUUCGAGACGGAGUCUCGCUCUUGUUGCCCAGGCUGGAGUGCAGUGGCAUGAUAUCAGCUCACUGCAACCUCCGCCGCCUGGGUUCAAGCAAUUCUUCUGCCUUAGGCUCCUGAGCAGCUGGGAUUACAGGCACGUAUCACCACACCAGGCUACUUUUUGUACUUUUAGUAGAGACAGGGUUUUGCCAUGUUGGCCAGGCUGGUCUUGAACUCCUGACCUCAGGUGAUCUACCUGCCUCGGCCUCACAAAGUGCUGGGAUUACAGGCAUGAGCCACCAUGCCCAGCCUAUAGGAUAUUUGUAUAUGAAUCUGUAUGUGAAGUUCAUAUUGUCAUUAUUGAAUUUUAAAGUUUAAAUAGAUCAAAUUUUUUGUAGAUGUUAAUUUUUUUCCUGGUGUUUGGGGACAUAUGACAUUAGAUCUGAAAGAUAACUUCAAAACUAUAUAACAGGCCAAAUAUUUUGCUCUCCUUGUAAGGAACCCAAAAACCAGAUGAAUUAUUUGUUUAAGUUCACAAUGCAAAUACAGUGGCAAAGUCACAAUGAAAACCCAACUAAUUUUGUGCAGCGUUAUAGGGGUGUUCUAUAGUGAUACAACUUGGCCUUUGCAUCACAUUAUCAGUUCAAAUCCUAGCUUAGCUCGUUAGCUACCUUCUUGCUAGAAAAGGCAAGACUUUCAAAAUUAGUUAAUACUUUCUCUUCUAGCAGCUAUUGAUGUUCAACAAAUUUUAUUAACCUGUAAAUGCCCCUUGGAGUUGUGGCCAUAUUGUUUUAUUCAUUUUUUAAGUAUUUACAGUAGAAUUGUCAUUUCAGUUACUAUAAGCUGAGUAACUGGACAGCUUCUAAGAUUACAUUUUUUUAAUACACAGAAAAUUCAGGUAAUUUAAAAACUGCUUUAGAUUCAUCUUGAAAUAUAUAUUUGCUCUGGAAUGACCAUAUUGCAGCAUGAUUCUCAUGAACUUCAAAAUACUUUAUUUAAAAAACAACUCAAGGCAGCAAAAGUAUUAUAGUUGUCUGACUUUAUCCGUGUGAUGUGCAGGGCCUCCUUGUCUUCUGAUCUCAGUAAACUUACACUGAUUG